AUGAAGGUGACGAUAAAGCAAUGGCAUCAGGUGUCAACCUGGCAUUGGAAGUUACCUGCUGAUGAUGACCUCUGUGGUAUUUGCAGGGUCUCGUUUGAUGGAACCUGUCCGUCGUGCAAGUACCCCGGAGACGACUGCCCGCUUGUGAUUGGCGACUGCAACCACAAUUUUCACAUGCACUGCGUUUUAAAAUGGCUCGAGACCGAAACUUCCAAGGGAACGUGUCCGAUGUGCAGACAGGUGUUUCGGAUGAAGGGUGGCGAUGUGCUCUCCGCGGAUAAUACCAAUCAGAGUGAGAUAAAUAACGUUUCCCAGGGCAGUGACGCCGUCAUGGAUGCUCUUGAUUAA